CGCGCACCCGCGCACGACGGCCGUCAGGUACGCGGACAAGAUGGCGGCGGCAGCGGGCGACAGCGCGAUGGAGGUGGUGCCGGCGCUGGCGGAGGAGGCCGCGCCCGAGGUGGCGGGCCUCAGCUGCCUGGUGCACCUGCCGGGAGAGGUGCUGGAGUACAUCCUGUGCAGCGGCUCGCUGACGGCGCUCGACAUCGGCCGCGUGUCCAGCACCUGCCGGCGGCUGCGCGAGGUGUGCCAGAGCAGCGGCAAGGUGUGGAAGGAGCAGUUCCGGGUGAGGUGGCCUUCCCUUAUGAAACACUACAGCCCCACCGACUACGUCAAUUGGUUGGAAGAAUAUAAAGUUCGACAGAAAGCUGGGUUAGAAGCCCGGAAGAUUGUAGCCUCGUUCUCGAAGAGGUUCUUUUCAGAGCAUGUUCCUUGUAAUGGCUUCAGUGAUAUUGAAAACCUUGAGGGACCAGAGAUCUUUUUUGAGGAUGAGCUGGUGUGCAUCCUAAAUAUGGAAGGCAGAAAAGCUUUGACCUGGAAAUACUAUGCCAAAAAAAUUCUUUACUACCUACGGCAACAGAAAAUUUUAAAUAAUCUCAAGGCUUUUCUUCAGCAACCUGAUGACUAUGAAUCCUAUCUUGAAGGUGCCGUCUACAUUGACCAGUACUGCAACCCCCUUUCCGACAUCAGCCUCAGAGAUAUCCAGGCCCAGAUCGACAGCAUUGUGGAGCUGGUCUGCAAAACCCUGCGGGGUGUCAACAGCCGCCACCCUAGCCUGGCCUUCAAGGCAGGUGAGUCCCCCAUGAUAAUGGAGAUAGAGCUCCAGAGCCAGGUGCUGGAUGCCAUGAACUAUGUCCUUUAUGACCAGCUGAAGUUCAAGGGGAACCGAAUGGACUACUAUAAUGCCCUCAACUUAUAUAUGCAUCAGGUUUUGAUUCGCAGAACAGGCAUUCCAAUCAGCAUGUCUCUGCUUUAUCUGACGAUCGCACGGCAGCUGGGAGUCCCAUUGGAGCCUGUCAACUUCCCAAGCCACUUCCUACUCCGGUGGUGCCAAGGAGCGGAAGGGACAACCCUGGACAUCUUCGACUACAUCUACAUAGAUGCCUUUGGGAAGGGCAAGCAGCUGACGGUGAAGGAGUGCGAGUACCUGAUCGGCCAGCAUGUGACCGCGGCGCUGUAUGGCGUGGUGAACGUGAAGAAGGUGCUGCAGCGCAUGGUGGGGAACCUGCUCAGCCUGGGCAAGCGGGAGGGCAUUGACCAGUCAUACCAGCUGCUGCGGGACUCGCUGGACCUGUACCUAGCCAUGUACCCUGACCAGGUGCAGCUGCUGCUCCUCCAGGCCAGACUCUACUUCCACCUGGGCAUCUGGCCAGAGAAGUCUUUCUGUCUUGUCUUGAAGGUGCUUGACAUCCUGCAGCACAUCCAGACCCUGGACCCCGGGCAGCACGGGGCGGUGGGCUAUCUGGUGCAGCAUACACUCGAGCACAUUGAGCGUAAAAAGGAGGAGGUAGGCGUGGAGGUUAAGCUGCGCUCCGAUGAGAAGCACAGGGACGUCUGCUACUCCAUUGGGCUCAUUAUGAAGCAUAAGAGGUACGGCUACAACUGUGUGAUCUACGGCUGGGACCCCACCUGCAUGAUGGGGCAUGAGUGGAUCCGGAACAUGAAUGUGCACAGCCUGCCGCACGGCCACCACCAGCCCUUCUAUAAUGUGCUGGUGGAGGAUGGUUCUUGUAGAUACGCAGCCCAAGAAAACCUGGAGUACAAUGUGGAGCCUCUGGAGAUCUCACACCCUGACGUGGGGCGCUACUUCUCGGAGUUCACCGGCACACACUACAUCCCCAACGCAGAGCUGGAGCUCCGCUACCCGGAAGACCUGGAGUUUGUGUACGAGACGGUGCAGAACAUUUACAGUGCCAAGAAGGAGAGCAUUGACGGCUAGUCCCAGCAGGCACUGCGCCUCGGCGCCCCCCAGGAGCCCCGAUGGCCCCUCUGGACUCCGCCGCCGGAAGCCACUUGAGUAGCAGCGCAGCUGCGUGGCUCCGCGCGCGCCCUCCCCCCGCGCAGGGACGAGGUCGUGGUCCGCUACACUAGUGAAUGGACUGGAAGGCACUGUGGAGUGGCAUGGCUUGUCUGCUCGUCCUGUGACCGUGUGUGACCUCACAGCCCGCCCCCUACCCCGCCCCUCCCCCCUCUGUCUGUCUGCAUUUGUCUCCCAGCGGGCCACCGGAUAGAUGGGUUUGCGCAGUGGGGUGAUUCCCUCCUCCUCCGGGUGCAGUCCUGGUGGGGAUCAAAGGCCUCUUCACCCUGCAUUUGGCCGCACGCACCCCGCUCUGCGUGUGGUGGAGGAGGCCUAGCAAGCCAGUGGCAGUUAGAAUACUAGAAGUUUCCUUCUGCUAAUACACGAAACACAGACUGCAAGUGUUCAUCUUUCGUUUUUUUAAUUUAAAUCGGGAAAUGGCAGUUUUCCCUUCUAUAUUCCUUGGAUUUAUACACAUUGCUAUAAAUCAUGAGUUUUCUAUUUUAUUACAUAAUAUUAUUUGAGAAAAUACAUAAUAGCAGCCUUUAUGAGUGGAGUUUUCCACAUUCAUCUAUUCCUUCCUUCAGAAUGACUGCUUGUUUCUAGAAAUCUCCAGAAUCACAAGUGGGUCAUGGUUCCAUGGUGGCUGGGUCCCUUCUCGUAGCGAGCCCAGUGCGUCCGGUGUUUAGUACCGUGUGCUUUGGGUCUGCAAAGGUCCGCAGUGGGGCUUGCUUUUCAAGUCAGGAACUAAUGAUGCUUAGUUUUGAAAAGAACACCCCAUGCUCCACAUUCCUCCCAUUCCCUCCUAGUCUUUCCCUGAACGCAGGGUAGAGAGGUGGAAGUCGGUGUCUCUCAUUUGAAGAGGUGGGCUCAUGGAGACGAGGCCUGCUUGUCAUGUCCCG